AUGGAUGCUUUUCGGGGGAUUUUAAAAUUCUUCCUCAACCAGAAAACUGUUAUCGGCUACAGCUUCAUGGCUCUGCUGACCGUGGGGAGUGAGCGUCUCUUUUCCCUGGUGGCUUUUAAGUGUCCCUGCAGCACCGAGAAUGUGGUCUAUGGGCUGGUUUUCCUCUUUGCUCCUGCUUGGGUGUUACUGAUCCUGGGAUUCUUCCUGAACGGCAAGUCUUGGAGGCUCUUCACAGGCUGCUGUGUGAAUCCCAGGAAAAUCUUCCCCAAAGGCCACAGUUGCCGCUUUUUCUAUGUCCUCGGUCAGAUCACUCUGAGUUCAUUGGUGGCUCCGAUGAUGUGGCUUUCUGUGGCUCUGCUCAAUGGAACUUUUUAUGAAUGUGCCAUGAGCGGGACCAAAAGUUCAAGACUCUUGGGACUGAUUUGCAAGGGCAAGCCCCAAGAGUGCUGGGAUGAACUUUACAAAGUCUCUUGUGGCAAAACCAGCAUGACACCCGCGGACAAUGAAGAAGUGAAGCUGUCCCUUCAAGCCCAGUCUCAGAUUCUAGGAUGGUGCCUGAUUUGUUCAGCAUCUUUCUUCUCUCUGCUCACCACAUGUUACGCUCGCUGCCGAUCUAAAGUUAGCUACCUUCAGCUGAGUUUUUGGAAGACGUACGCACAAAAGGAGAAGGAGCAGUUGGAAAAUACAUUCCUGGAGUAUGCCAACAAGCUGAGUGAGAGAAACCUGAAAUGCUUUUUUGAAAACAAGAGGCCAGAAGUCUUCCCCAUGCCCACCUUUGCAGCCUGGGAGGCGGCUUCUGAGCUCCAUUCUUUUCACCAAAGCCAGCAACAUUACAGCACCCUGCAUAGGGUGGUGGAGGACGGUCUGGAACUGAGCCCCGAGGAUGAUGAGACCACAAUGGUACUUGUGGGUACUGCCCACAGUGUGUAG